AUGUGCCCCAGUUGUCCAAAGGCGUACAGGUCGCCCGUCGUCGGACAUGGCGUUCCCGACCAAUUUCCGGCAGCACACGUGAAGUUCACCUGCAGCCGCUCUCCCGCCAACUUCUGGUCGAGUUUCCGGUGUCUAAGGUGGUCGGCAUGCGCCCAGUUGUCCAAAGGCGUACAGGUCGCCCGUCGCCGGACAUGGCGUUCCCGACCAAUUUCCAGCAGCACACGUGAAGUUCACCUGCAGCCGCUCUCCCAGCAAGUACAUGGCGGCACACAGUUGACAUGGGCGUGUUCUCCGACAUUUAAGGAAGAUUAUAGGCAGUUUUACGUGGUGUCGCGGUGGUCCUCCGGUGAGUUUCGGCCAGCUCCGACAGCCUCCGUUGGCAGCAUCUCCGGCGUGUUUUUCAGCUCCAGGCUGCUCCACCGGCGAUGGGCUGCGGGAAAUCUGAGGAUGAUUGAUUCAUCUCCGCCGUCGCCGGAGUCCAGCUUCCGGGAGCUCGAUGAAGUUUUCUUGCAGACUCAGACUAGAAUAUGGCUUGGGGAAGUUCUGUGCGCAAGAUUUGAUGAGGAAUUGAAUCUCUCCGAUUUGCUUCAAGAUGGGGAGAUACUGUUUGAAGUUUCUAAAGUAGUGUGGAAUCUGUUGCUGGUAAAAUGUAUGGAGCUGAGGCAUUUGAAGCACAAGUACGGGCCUUUUGGUUCUAGAAAGAGCAGCGGGAGAUACAGGCCUUACUCAAAUGUUGAUUCCUUUAUAAAGAUAUGCAAAAUUAUGGGGUUGAGUGGCAUUGACCUCUUUUCUCCAUCGGAUGUUGUUGAGAAAAGAAAUAUUCGAAAAGUUUGCAUCUGCAUAAGAGCACUGUCAAUGAAAGCCAGGUCAAAACAACUAAGUGUUCCAGACUUUGACAUGGUUGUAUACUCAGUGACCAUGCCAAAGAAUAUGGUCGAUAUUAUUCGGAAAAGUUUGGAAUCAUCACAGUGCACAGUUUCAAGUUCAUCAAGUUACAGUUCACGCAAUGUUUCCCAAACCAAGGCGAAACAGAAAAAGUUUCAACCUCCGUCUAACGGAGAUGAUGAUUACAGUAGCUCUGAUGAGUCGGAUGAGGCCGAAAGUAGAUAUAUGGGUGAAAAUUCCUUUCCAUCUGGGGGUAAAUACGAUUAUGCUCAUGGACUUAAUUCCGACUCGGAAAAUUCACUCAAACUUGAGAAUGAUCACAAACUUGAUAAAAUGUCUGCUUGUGGUGGAAUCAUCUCACAUUUAGAAAGACAUAACCCUGAAAAUGGUACCGAGAGCUCGUUAGACAAUGACUACUCAGUCGUUGAAGAUUCUUCGUGUGUUGAUGUUGGAGAAAGUAAUUACAUUUCCGAUUACUUGGCCUUUUCGGACUUAAUGGUCCAGGCAACUACUGAGGGCAGCAGUUCUGUUAUUCGUAAUGGGGAAAGUAACAUGUUCGAUUUCUUUCUUAAAGUUGACUCUCAAGGAGUCUCCUCGAAUAAAAAGAGCUUUCAGAAUGGAGAUGAAGAUACGGAAAUAUCUUCAACAACUAGCAUGAGCUCCAUUUUAGGCCGUUUACUUAAUUUGGAGUUUGAGGAGCAGUUUGAUGAGGAUGACUCGUUAAGUACAAACUGUCGGUCUUCCGUAUCAAGGGAACAUGAUGCUGAGAAGCAGUUCAAAGAUUUGUUUGUAUUAUCCAAACCCAAAAAUAUGGACAUAAACAAGUCGAAUUUUCAAGCUGUAGUUUUUGAUUCUGGAGAAGCGUCUGAGAAGAAGGAUAUAGUUGUUGAGGUCACUAAUAAAGAGACUCAUAUUUCCUGUGAAGAUGGGGACAAUGAGAAUCUUAAAUAUAACUUGCUCAGUUCAGAUUCAGAUUCGCAUCAUUCGCAGUGUGGGGAUAAUUGUGUUUCGACUCAUUUUGGCGGUCAUGUUUCAGAUGAGAAAUCGAAUGUUUUAAAAUUUUCAUGCGAUAGCAAAUUGGUUGAGGGCAAUGAGAGAUGUCAAGAACAGCGUAAGGACAUAAAUGUUGUCGGCUUUAGCGAACAAGAAACUGCUGUUCAAGAAAACCUAUGUGAAACAAUUUCAGUAAAUCUUACGUGUUUUCCAAUCAAAGACGUGAACCGAGCUCAAGAAGACACUGCUGUAGCCCAAAAUGUCGAAGAUAAUAUUCCUAUGGCACCUGAAAAUGGCGGUCAGGAUAAAUAUAUUGCAAAUGGAAGGAAAAAGCACGGCCGCAGACCGCUGUUGAGAACAGUUGCGAAAGGCACAGCCAUUGCCGGUAUCUUAUUCCUCUUGCUCCAUAUCAGCCGAAAAAGCAAAGGGAAAAAUGGUCGAGAAAGUAAGCAGCAGUAUGGUCCGGUUUCGAAGUACAACGAGUCAAAGUCGUCAUCUGGUAACCGACAAAAGGAGAGUGUUGUGAAAGGGAUAUAUCCAUCAGAAAAGAUCAGGCUUUAA